ACCUUGCAGGUCGUACCAUGGGCCGGCUGCUGCAGCGCUGAUCGCCCCGUGCCGAGCCGAGCCGAGCGCAAGCCGCUGCCGCCGACGCCGACGCUUCGCCGCCGCCGAGCAGGAGGGGGAGGCCGUCGCCGUCGGAGUGCCGCCGAGACCGCCGCGCCGGUGGUAGAGGUGGGGGUAGACGCCUUGUGGAGGGGGAAGCCAGGCAAGCUCCCUCGGCCAAUCCUAGCUGGCCUUUCUUAUGAUGUCAUCGGAGGAGGAGAGCAAAUGCUUGGGGUUGUACGGCGACAAGCUGAAGAAGCGGCAGAGGCAGCGCGUGGACGCCGGUGAGCCUAGGAACAGCUACUCCUCCAUCCCCAACUUCAGUUCGCGCCCGACCUUCCUGUGCGGCAGUCCUUACGAGCAGCUGUUCCAGCCUCAGUCGCACAUCGGGUUUCUCGGGCAGGGCUUCGCCCCGGGCUCGGCCAAGAUGCUCAACGAGUUGCUCGGUCGUCAGGUGAAGGGCGAUCCUUGCGCCCUCGGCGUCGGCGCCGUCGGCCCCGCCGAUGUGGACUGCUACAGCAACGCCGGUGCGCUGGGAGGCGCUGUCGGCGUCAUGAUCAGGCGCGGCCUCGUGGACGAGGACCACAUGCUCCGUGACAUCCUGCAGGGACGCAAGAAGGAGCUGCUCGCCCUGGAGCAGGAGCUGCAGGGCGGCGAGCACGACAACAACAACACGCUGGCCAGCAACAACAACGAUCUCCUGAAGAACGGUGCUAGUGACAGUAGUGACGUGAGUGAGGUGUGUGUGGCCGGUGCGAGCGGCAACAAGUUGCUCAACGGUUCGGACUCUCUGAGCUCGGGGCCCGGUGCGGCGGUCCCCGACGACGCGCUAUCGCGGUCCCCGCGCGGGGGCGUCGUGCCCGCUGCCGACAAGCAGGCCGUCAACGUGAACGGUGACGCGUCGGGCAACGGUGCCGAGUCGGACUCGGACACGUCAGUGCACUCAACAGCGACCACGACCGACGCCAAGGACGUGGCCGACGACCAGGACGACGACGACGACAAAAAGUCGAACGGCAGCAGCGGAGGAAUGGACUUGAAACGUAAGCGAGUUGAAAACAUUGUGUCCACCAUGGCGAGGUCCUCGCCGCUCCCGCAGCCCGUCAACGGCUGCAAGAAGCGCAAGUUGUACCACCCGCAGCAGCACGACGCCGGCCUCGGCGUCGCCCUCGGCAUGCAGGCCCUCAUGAUGGACGACCAGGACGAGGACGCCCCGCCCGCCCUCCGCCACAAGCAGAGCGCGCUCAAGUCGCAGCUGCGCUCCCUCCAGGGCAAGCUGGUCGAGAUGCAGCACGAGUACGUCCGGCUGUGCAGUCGCAUGGAGCAGGUCGAGACACCCGAGCAGGACCAGGACAUGGACGCGGACCCGGCCGACGACGACGACCGGAGUGACAUCAUGAAGUCGGAGCAGCGCGAGAACGACCAGGACAUGGGCGCGGAGCAGGAUCAGGAUCAGGACCAGGAUGAGGAUCAGGACCAGGACGGUGACCAGGACGCCGACAACAGCCUCAGCCUGUCCGACAAGACCGGCAAGGACGACAGUUCGCCGCCGGCCACCCCCGUCAAGGAGGCCUCGCAGGCCGAGAGGACGGCCACCAGCGCGCCCACCACCCCGAGCAGCGCCACAUCGCCUGUGGUGAAGCAGAUGGCCCCGCCCAAGAUCCACCCGCACCACGGCAACCCCAUGUUCCCGCCGCACCCCAUGCAGCUGGCCCUGCUGCAGCAGCAGCACCUGGCCGCGGGCGGGGACUACCACCCACACCACCCC